UCCUAGUUUCCAUACGUCGGCUGCCCCUGCUAGCUCGCCCAAAUCUCGGCCAUGGCGCACGGCCAUCCCGUCCCGGCCUGCUUGCUCCUAGCACCGUUCGUUGAUGCUGGCCAUGUCUCCCAACUCCGUCCUUGGAUCUGCUCAGCUCCUAGGCACCACCGCGCCGCCGCUCUAGAUGUUGUGCUCGGCCCCCUGACGCCCACCCCAACGAGUAGCAACAGCGCCACCAGCUGGUCCUCCCACGCCGCUGGGGACUGCUGCGUCUUUCCUAUCGUAGUGCAGAUCGUCGUCUCCCUGCUCUCCCUGCUCGUCUUGCGCCGUCGUUCACCACUGUUCCGGCCUUGUGUCAUCGCCGUCGUCUUAACUUGACAGCAAGCGCCGCUGCUCAGUUCGCCUCUGUCCGACACCGAACUGGGCUGCCCGUCCUCAAGCUUGCCGAUGUCAUUUUCCCUGGUGCUUGCUCUCGCCCUAGGCCAUGGAGCAGCAGCAGCCACGACACUCCUUCGUGUCGCACUAUCGACGUGUUCGAAAGCUUCAUCUUGAUC